AUGGACGAGGAUGAGAUGAAUGGCAAUGGAAUUCAUGACUUCGACGCCUCCACCUUCCACCAAGUGAACGUCUCGGAUCCGCAGAACCGUUCCUCGUCCGUCUUCACCGUCCCCAAGCGCUACACCGAGCUCAAAUUUCUAAAUGCCGGCGCCCAGGGAACCGUUUGCUCGGCCAUCGACACGGUCACCGGCCAACAGGUUGCCAUCAAAAAGAUGCAGCAGCCCUUCGUGAUGACGAUGAGUGCGAAGCGGGCCUAUCGCGAAUUCGUGCUCCUUACAUCUAUAAGACAUCCAAAUAUUAUCCGCCUGCUAAACGCGUUCACCCCUCAAACUGACGCGACCAGCUUCCGGGAGGUGUACCUCGUCAUGGAGCUGAUGAAGCACAACUUGCACGAGGUCAUCACCAAGUUGCGGCUCGACCACAAGACGUUGUCCUUUUUUGUCUACCAAAUGUUGUGCGCAAUUCGGCACCUACACAUGUCUGGAAUCAUCCAUCGAGAUCUGAAACCCUCCAAUAUCGUCGUCAACGACCAGUGCGGCUUGAAAGUGCUUGAUUUUGGCCUCGCCCGCAAAAAGGUCCUCGACACGGCGAUGCGGAUGAGUGAUUACGUCGUCACGAGAUACUACCGAGCCCCGGAAGUGAUCCUCGGCAUGGGAUACUCGGACAAGGUCGACAUUUGGUCGGUCGGCUGCAUUUUUGCGGAAAUGAUUCGGCACCAGGUCCUCUUCCCCGGCCGUGAUCGGAUCGACCAGUGGACGUCGAUCAUUCGCGAGCUCGGCACGCCGUCCGAUGACUUUAUCGAAAGGCUUGGAACCUCGGCAGCGAUGUACGUCCGAAGUUUGCCUAUGUACCCCGGCCGAAGUAUCGACCAGAUCGUUGGCGACGCGGAUUUCCUGUCAAAUACCGAGCAACCGAACGUUAACCUGACCGCUGCGGCCGCCCGAGACCUACUCGUCCACAUGCUCGCCAUCGAUCCGAAAGACCGAUACUCCGUCGAGCAAUCCCUCAACCACCCCUACGUCAAGCUGUGGUUCAAGGAGGAAGAAGUGAAUGCCCCGCCCUCGGCAAAUCGCUACGAUGAGACCAUCGACUUCCAAGACAAGUCGCUCACUGAAUGGAAAUCCCUCAUCUUCGACGAGGUGAUGCAGUUCCAGAACGCGCACAACAUCUUCACGGGCACCGCA